AUGACGCAGUCAUUUCUUGUUAAGGGUAAUGGCGGAGCGGUCUACACUCGAUGGAGAAAAACUGAAUGUCCGUCUAAAACUCAACUUGUAUAUAAAGGAAUAGCUGGAGGAACUCAUUUUAGUCAUAAGGCCGGACCUGCUAAUAUCCUGUGCCUGCCAGACAACCCUGAAUAUGGAAAACACACUCCAGGGUUUCAAGCUGAAGGUGUUAUCUACGGUACAGAAUAUCAAACCAAACAUCAAUCCAUCAGUUUCAAACGCCUUCAUGACCAUGACGUUCCCUGUGCUGUGUGCAGAAGAACAACCAAAACAAGCGUCAUCAUGGUGCCUGCCAAGAUGUCCUGCUUUCCUGGGUGGCAUGUAGAGUACACGGGGUAUCUGAUGAGUGGCCGUUUUAAUCAUGCUGGUAGUGAGUAUCUGUGUGUUGAUGGUGAUGCAGAGAAGGAUCGCAGUGGCCAUGAAAACAAGAACGGGCAACUCUUGUAUCUUGUUGAAGGUGUCUGUGGUUCCCUGCCAUGUCCUCCAUACAAGAAUAACUGGGAGCUGAGAUGCACUGUUUGCUCGAAAUAGGUCACAGCCAAUGCGCCACUGUCAUAUACGUGAAUAAAACCAUUUUGCGUGCAUGAAAACAAA